AUGGACCUGACACGCACGCUCUGCCGCGAUUCACAGUCGCCCUGGGGCGAGCUCUUCCACGUGAUCGCCAGCGUGCCGACCGAGGCCGCGAAAACCGCGGCCAAAACGCCCAUCACGUUCGCCAUUGCAGCCGGGUCCCACGCAGCCGCAUCGCCUCCGCUACCGCUCGCCGCGUACGUGUACGCGGUCCCACGCGGCAAAGAGGCAUUUGCGACCGUCCUGUCUGGGUCAGAAGACGAUCUCGCGCACGAGACGGCCAACCGCGUGGCUCUGCUGUGCGCCCGCAGAUUCGGCCGUCCCUGCUACGUUGCGCUCUCAGCCGCAUCGACACCCUGGGACUCGGCUCUCAUAUGCCAGGAGUGCGUCAAAGUCGUGAACGACGGCGACCGCUCUGCCAGCACGUGA